GUUGUGAGCUAGGGCACUGCAGUCUGGAAGCUCAGUGUAUAUAUAUGGGGAGUGGAAAGGAGAGAGAGAACAGGAGGAGCUACAGAUCCCUGCAGCUGAUCACACACAUACACAUACACUCACAUACACCAACACUAUCUCCAUUCUCCCUAACACUACACUGGCCACAAUCAUGAUGAUCCUAUCACCUCCCCCAAAAAGAAAAAGGACUGGAACCAUCUCACCCUGAUCUCACUUCUAUGCAUUAACAUCUUCAUCAAGUCUCCAGAGGAUCUUACAAAGGACAUGAAGCCAAAAGCAGACCCUGAGCUGUGAGGAUCAUCAUUAGUGCUUUUAUCCAUAACAUCCCAGGAAGCUAGGAGUAGGUUGCUUGAAGAGAAGCAACCCACGGUGCUCCAUCCUCAGAUUAUUGCAAGCACAGAACAGUUCUGCUCUGCUGAUCUUCAGUUUGGGGGGAGGGAGGACAUUGCCUCUGAAAUUGCUAGGCUGGACCUUCGCUUGAACUCCUGUGCAUUUUGCUCAGUGAUACUUUCAAUGCGAAGCUUCCUUCCUCGUACCUGACAAGCUAGAAGAAACAAUUGGCUAUCAGGUUCCUUCAUUGUUUUUUCAUUAUUUUAUUCCUUUCGUUUUCUCCUUGCUGCAUGCAAACUUCUAGGCAACAUCAACCCUGCAGGAGAUGCUUUGCUGCAGAACCAAAGCCAAAGGGAUCGGGAUCUUGGGAUGAGAUAAUGAUAUCAUUUGUAUUGUCUUUAAGAAGACAGAAAUUGAUACAGUAAAUCGGUUUGGUAUUUUGCUCGAUAGGGGAUCUUGAUGGAUGUUCAUGGAUUAUGCGGCUUGUAGCUGAGCGUAGGGACCAUCACUUUCUCCGUAAUAGAAAUCAAAGCUAUUGAGAAAAAUAAAUAAAAAGAAAACCUGGAGAAGGAAGUAAAAAAAGUGACAGAUCUGCACAUCCACUGAAUCUGGCUGUUGUUGCUUUUUUCAUAUUAUGUCUGCACUCCGAAGGAAAUUUGGGGACGAUUAUCAAGUAGUCACCACUUCGUCGAGUGGUUCUGGAUUUAAUCAAGCUUCCCCCAAAAGGAAAAGACAGAGGUUUGUAGAAAAAAACGGCCGAUGUAACGUCCAGCAUGGCAACCUGGGGAGUGAGAGCAGCAGAUACCUCACUGACCUCUUCACUACUCUGGUGGACCUUAAAUGGCGUUGGAAUCUUUUCAUUUUUAUUCUGACUUAUACAGUAGCUUGGCUUUUUAUGGCAUCCAUGUGGUGGGUCAUUGCCUACAUAAGAGGGGAUCUCUAUAAAGCACAUGAUGAAAACUACACACCUUGCGUGGCUAACGUCUACAACUUUCCAUCAGCCUUUCUCUUCUUCAUUGAGACUGAGGCCACCAUUGGUUACGGAUUCAGGUACAUUACUGACAAGUGCCCUGAAGGAAUUAUCCUCUUCCUUUUCCAGUCCAUCCUAGGUUCCAUCGUUGAUGCCUUUUUGAUAGGUUGCAUGUUCAUAAAGAUGUCUCAACCCAAAAAGAGAGCCGAAACUUUAAUGUUCAGUGAACAUGCAGUCAUUUCCAUGAGAGAUGGCAAGCUCACCCUGAUGUUCAGAGUGGGCAACCUUCGAAACAGCCAUAUGGUAUCUGCCCAAAUCCGCUGUAAAUUACUCAAAUCUCGGCAGACACCGGAGGGCGAGUUUCUCCCUCUUGAUCAACUUGAACUAGACGUAGGAUUUAGCACAGGGGCGGAUCAGCUUUUUCUGGUUUCUCCUCUUACAAUCUGCCAUAUGAUUGAUGCAAAAAGCCCCUUCUACGACCUUUCUCAGCGGUCCAUGCAGACGGAGCAGUUUGAGAUCGUCGUCAUCCUCGAGGGGAUUGUGGAAACUACCGGUAAGUCAUCUUCUAUUUUCCUAAUAUAUGGAUACAAUGUUACAGUAAACCUCAUUUUUAGUUAUUAUUCCUGUCCUAUCUGA